UCGUUCUCUACUUCUCUCAUUCUCUGCCGAAGCCACCUCCUCCGGCGCCUCCAGCGGCGGCGCAGGUCCGCACGCACCCAGGCCGCGGCAACAGCACAACAGCUGCAGCGAUGCCACCCGCCGCCACCUUCUCGUCCUUCUCCGCGUUGAUGCGCCGGCCUCCGCCGCCGAGAUGCCAGCGCCUCCUCGUCGCUGCCGCGCGAGCGCACAGCACUUCCGGGGCCAGCCAGGCUCGCGGCGGCCUGCCGCGGUUCCACUCCCCGUCUCUCCCCUCGUCCAAGGGUGAGGUGGUUCGCAUCCAAGGCGACGAGUUCUGGCACAUGACACGCGUGUUGCGUCUUGGCAUCAAUGACAGGGUUGAACUAUUUGAUGGGGCUGGUGGCUUAGUUGAAGGAUCCAUACAAAAGGUUGACAAGAAUGGAUCAGAUGUUGAGUUAUUAGAGAAUGCUAGGCUAAUUCCUCCUCAGGGCAUUCAAUGGCAUGUCUUUGCUGCAUUUGGGACUCUGAAAGGUGGACGUGCAGAUUGGCUUAUAGAGAAAUGUACUGAACUUGGAGCUUCCAGUGUUACGCCUCUUUUGACUGAAAGAUGCCAUACAAUAGCAGAAAAUAGAGUGGACAGGUUGCAACGGCUGGUGUUGGCUGCAGUUAAACAAUGCCAGAGAGUACACGAUAUGUCACUGAAGCCUCCAAUUCAGAUACAUGAUCUUUCGCUGGUUGUGGCACAGUCAAAGCUUGCUUUCUUAGCAUCCGCUGAAGCGCCUCCUGUUUUAAGCGUUUUGCCAAAUUCCAGCAACGAAGAAAGUGGGCUUUUAAUUAUUGGACCAGAAGGAGACUUCACAGAGGAGGAGGUACAUGUUUUGAAGGCGGCUGGUGCGGUCCCGGUUGGUCUUGGGCCAUGCAGGCUACGAGUCGAGACAGCUACGAUUUCACUCCUAUCUGCUCUCAUGCUGUGGUCCGAUGCUCGUCACCAGGAAAGACAGCAAUGCAGGUAGUCGAUGUAACAGUUGGCACUCAUGUGCUGCUUGUUUUGCUCUGGUGGCGUCCACAACUAUUGAUGUGCCAUCCUUAGAAAAUGUAGCUUUAGGUUAUUAUUUCUAUUGAAUAUAGUGCUAUUUAGCUUCUAGUUGGACUGUCAAAGAGCAUGCAGUCGACAAUCAGUCAAGAGGAUCUGGGAUAUCAUAUGUUAUACACUUAAAUUUUCUAUUGCCUUACAUGGCGCAUAGGUUUUGUCGAGUGUGGUCUCAA